AUGGCUCGUCUUCUCGAAACUCUGAUUGUCGGCUCCCUAGCCGUGACAUCGCUGGUUGCGGCUUCGCCAGCGGUGGUGGCUUCGCCGGAACUCCCCGUUCGACUGGAGACACGCAGUCAGCUGUCGUCCCACCUGGCCAACAUCCACCUCGUGUUUGACGGUGCCGUUGACAGCCUCAUCAGUGUGACCUACGGGUCCUGCACUGCAGCCAGCGAGAGCGACGCCCACCACCUUGUCAGCCGAGGCCAUCACGCUGGUGCAGAACGCCUCGUCUGGAUCAUUCCCGAGGACGUGGAGUCCGGUGGCUGUCUGUCCGCAUGGAGCGGCCUUUCGGGCGUGCUGCUCGGCCGCAGUGGACCGCAGCAUACGGGCAACGUGCAGAGCGUCAAACGCACGGUGCAGAAGAGCACAAUGCAGAAGCGCAGCACCUCGCCGCAUUCGAUUCCCAUGACCAACGCGAGCGGAAUCGAUGCCUGGGGCCCAUGGUUUGACGGCGUGGAGCUGCUGAAGAGCACCAACGUCAGCGCCGUGUAUGCCAAGGAGGCUAAGAGCAAGCACGUCGGCAUUGUAGGCGCCGGCAUGUCUGGGCUGAUGACAUACCUGUGUCUGACACAGGCCGGUAUGACCAACGUGGAGAUUAUCGAAGCCGGCGAGCGGCUGGGCGGCCGUGUACACACAGUCUACCUGUCAGGCGGGCCGUUUAACUACUCGUACCAGGAGAUGGGACCUAUGCGAUUUCCCACGACCACCACGCUGGGAAACGAGACGUAUAACAUCUCGGACCACCAGAUGGUCUUCCAGCUGGCGGCUGAGAUGAACAAGCUCAACAACUACGACAAGAACCUGAGCGUGGACUUCAUUCCCUGGUACCAGUCCAGCAAGAACGGCCUCUACUACCACAACGGCAUCAGACUGGCCGACGGCAUGCCGCCUACCGUUGCGCAGAAAAAUGCCAACGCGUCUCUUGCGAUCACAAAACCCGAGGAUGCAUCUACGACUGCGUUGCAGGACAAGGUCGAUGCCGCUCUGCCAGGCGAUGCCUUUUAUGUUGCCAUGGCCCAGAACAUGUUCAAGGCGCAUCGCGAGUGGAUCGGAAACGGUCUGGAUGGCCUGCCGGGCAACCAAUGGAGCGAGUUUGCCUACAUGGUGAACUACCUCAAGGGCAACCUGAACGACACGGACAUUGUUAGCGGAGGCGACUUUGCAUCGGACUUCUGGGACACGCUGUACGAGGGCAUGUACUUUGAUGCUACGACAUGGCGCACGAUUGACGGAGGUCUUAACCGGCUGCCCCUCUCUUUCCACCCUCUCGUGGACAAUGCGACAACUCUGACCCAGAACCGCGAGAUCUCGCGGGUCAAGUACAACGCCGAGGACGAGACGGUGACGCUGCAAUGGCGCGACAGCUAUCUGAACAAGACCUUCCAGAACUCCACAUACGACUACGCCGUCAUUGCCGUGCCCUUUUCUGUCAUCAAGCGGUGGCGCUUCUCCGAUUUGCCCGUGACCAUGAGCAACGCCAUUACGCACGUGCCCUACACGGCCGCCUGCAAGGUAGCUCUCGAGUUUGAGACCCGCUUCUGGGAGCAUCUUGACAACCCCAUCUACGGCUCUUGCUCAACGUCCACCGACAUCCCCGGCAUUGGCUCCAUCUGCUACCCGUCCUACAACAUCAACGGCACCGGCCCGGCCACGAUCCUGGGCUCCUAUGUUUCGGGUGACCAGUGGGGUGAGCACUGGGUAUCCGUGUCCGAGGCUGAGCACGUGCAAUACGUGCUUGAUACCAUCAUUGAGAUCCACGGCAGCGUCGCCCGCGAGCAGUACACCGGAAAGUUCAACCGCCGUUGCUGGGCGCUUGACCCGCUCGAGUCUGCCAGCUGGGCCUCGCCCAUCGUUGGCCAGCACGAGCUCUACCUGCCGGAGUACUUCAAGACGCACAACAACAUGAUUUUUGUCGGAGAGCACACGUCAUACACGCAUGCAUGGAUUGCCUCGGCACUAGAGUCAGGUAUUCGCGGAAGUGUGCAGCUACUGCUCGAGCUCGGUCUCGUCGAUGAAGCUAAGGCGACAGCCGAAAAGUGGAUGGCCCGAUGGAUCGAAGUGCAUCCACUUCACGAGCACAGCUACAUGGCCGCGCACUAA